AUGGUGGACGUGCCCAAUCUGUUCAGUCCAUUGUCUCCUGUGGGGGACCCAGUGUUGGACAGCACACUGUAUGGAGAGCUGAUCAUGAACAUGGAGGAGCUGGAGGACAUCUCCUGCUCCCUCAACGAUGACACCUUAAAUCUGCUGUACCUGCCUGACUGCCAAGGCACCAGCACCAGCCCUGAAAGCUCCAUUACUCUGGAUGUCCCGAGCCCAGCCUCUAGUCCAUCCUCUACAGUGUUUGAAGCGGUUCCAGGGCAGGAUGAAACCACCUCCAGCCCAUUAAAACUUGAGUGUCGUGUGUGUGCUGAUCGUGCCUCUGGCUUCCACUAUGGAGUGCACGCCUGUGAGGGGUGCAAGGGGUUCUUCAGGAGAACCAUACGCCUCAAGCUGGAGUAUGACAAGUGCGAGCGCAGCUGUAAGAUCCAGAAGAAGAACCGGAACAAGUGCCAAUACUGCCGCUUCCACAAGUGCCUCGCUGUGGGCAUGUCCCAUAAUGCUAUCCGUUUUGGGCGGAUGCCUCGCUCAGAGAAGCUGAAGCUGAAAGCAGAGCUGGUUGGUGAGAUGGAGGAAGGACAGACCCAGCUGGCUGAUCUGAAGACUCUAGCUAGGCAGCUCCAUGAGGCCUACCUCAGACACUUCCACUUGAGCAAGGCCAAAGCACGAAUCUUUCUUGCCGGAAAGACCAGCACACCUCCUUUUGUCAUCCAUGACCUGGACACUCUGCAGCAGGCACAGCAGAUCCUGGCCACUCACAUGCAGGGAGAUGAGAAGGAUGGGUUAGUGAGUGCUCUGCAAGAGCGAGAGACUGAGUCCCGUCUAUUUCGUUGCUGCCAGCACACUUCUGUGGAAACCGUCACCCAGCUGACCGAGUUUGCCAAGGCCGUGCCAGGCUUUGCUAACCUGGAUCUGAAUGACCAGGUGACAUUGUUGAAGUAUGGCGUGCAUGAGGCCUUCUUCACCCUGCUGGCCUCCUGCAUGAAUAAGGAUGGGCUGCUGGUGGCCCAUGGUAAAGGAUUCAUCACUCGUGAGUUCCUUAAGAGUCUCCGGAGGCCCUUCAGUGACUUGUUGGAGCCCAAGUUCCAAUUCGCCAUGUGCUUCAAUGCACUGCAGCUAGAUGACAGCGACCUGGCACUGUUCGUGGCCGCCAUCAUCUGCUGUGGAGACCGACCAGGACUGGCAAACGUGUCACACAUCGAGUUCAUUCAGGAAAGUAUCAUUCAUGCUCUGCAGCUCCAUCUGCAGGCCAACCACCCUGACAACACCUUCCUCUUCCCCAAGCUCCUGCAGAAACUGGCUGACCUUCGGCAGCUCGUAACGGAGCAUGCUCAGUUGGUCCAGGACAUUAAGAAGACACAGGACACUUCGCUUCAUCCAUUACUGCAGGAAAUCUACAAGGAUAUGUACUGAGAGCUGAACCAUGGGGUACUGAGGAUGUUACUAGUUGCUGGACAAGAGGUAGCCUCUUUUCUGGCUCCCUACAGCCUCAGGAGAACAGCAGCAAAGGGACUGAAAUAUUCCCAUGGCUUUCAGGCGAGCUUUAAUAAAUUGAAGGUCUGGUGCAUAUUGGAUCUUGAACUUGGAGUAUAUACUUGACCAUCAUAAUAGCUGUUCACUAAUCUUCAUGAACCCUAGACUGCAGUGCAGGCUGUCAGCCCUAUACAGCAGAUGAGCUUCACCUGUCGACCAUUACUUUUAUGAGUACAAUGCUGCCCACGCCAAGCUCCCUGCCAUCGAACUCUUUAAAUAAACUUAUUUUAUACUUUCUAAAAGCAGUUUGUGCAAUUCCCAAAAAGGAACUGUGGUAUUAAGAAGUCUAUUCUGUAAUUUUCAUGCCAUGGUAGAAUGCUGGAAUAUGGCUCACACACACAGCCAUCAAUGUUAGACCAAUACCUCAUCUUAAAUGGCAUAAAAUAGCAUGUACAAUUGGUAAAAAUGUGUAUACAUGUAUAUGCGCUGUAUAGCACUCCACUUCAUCAUGAUUCAUCAAAAGACGUUUUGAAGGUAUUUAUUUUUGAAAAUAUGACACUAGUGCCAUUAGAAAAAGUGUAUUAAUAUAUGGUCAAAUGUCUAUGUCUUUCUGGUUUUUUUCUCAUAGUAUGCCAUCUAAAUCAUAUAUAUUGCAUUCUGAACACAAUAUGCAGUCAUAUGCAAAAGGUUUGGUGCCCCUGUUGAUUUUGUUGAUAUAUGUUUUUUAAUAUAGUAUUUCUAUAUAUUAAUAUUAACAAAUAGAUGUAAAUUAUGCACUAAUAUUGGCAGAAAAAUACUAUAUUUAAGUUGCCUGUUGAGGAAGUACUAACUUACUGUCACUUAGAAAAUCAACAAAACAUAUUUUACCAGCAGUACCAAAACUUUGCACAUGACUGUAUUCACCAGUAGCAUUAUGGAGCUGCAUUAUGGAAUGCUACACAGACAUUAAAGAGAAGUAUAAUAUAUGAAUGGGGAAUAUUAUGUUGAUAUCAGGGAAUAUUGCCUUGUCUAGAUACUCAGGGAAAAUCAAGCUUCAGCUUUUAAAAUUGAUUACCCAUCCCAGCACUAGACUGCAGCAAGUACACCACACUGGCUCUUAUUUCAAUGGAAAUAUUUGUAAUGCUCUUCUCAAUGGGAAAAGAUAAAUAUUUUUAAUUGUUAGUGUGUAAAGGGACCUUGGUUAAACUAAUUAAUCUGGUUUAACUGGUUAAUAUUUAUGCCAUGGUAAACUGUUGUUAACUAUGGCAGUUUGCUUAUUUUACCUUUUAGAUCUGAAAAUAAAUGUGAAUGUUUACCGUCUAGUCAAUUUCAGGAAUAAAUGUAAAAGAUUGUGAAUAUUUGUUUAAUGUA